AUGUUUGCCCUUAAAAACUCCCUCAAAUACGCUCCAAGGCUUGGAAUCUCCCCCCUUUUCCUCAAAAACUCCUUCAACUUGUCUAAACGAGUCAAUGGGAAAUCGUUCUCGUCGUACGGCUGGAAGAGCCACUAUGAUCAUUCUUCCAGAGCUUCUAAAGGUGUUGUUAUUGGAUUGAUGGGUAUUAGUGCUACUUACCUAAUCAAUCAUAACCCUAUCAGAAACGAUUCUGCCCUGGCCUAUAGUCAGGGACCUACUACUCCAAAGGGUUAUCAGUAUGUCAAGAUCCCCGAGAAGCCCAAAUACGACGGGGCCUUCGGUGGACGGUUAAACUAUAAACAGUUGGCAUUGGGAUCCAUUUUUGGAAUGCUAUCAGGUCUGAUCGCCGGCCAAUUGAGCUCUUUAUUCGUAUUCUUCUCGUUGGGUGUCUAUCUUGCCGCUCAAUACCUACAUGCCCAAGGUGUAUUGACGAUCCCAAUGACUAAAAUUGUUCGAAUCGGUACAGAAGACAUCGAUAUCCGUCAAAUGGUCUUUGAACAGCCAAGUUUCAGCAUCACUUAUGUAUUAAGUUUCUUGAUUGCGGCUUAUAACUCUUAG